UUGUUAACUUAGAAGAAUGACAACGCAAACUUGUGGGGGUGCCUAUCUCUCUCUCUCUCUCUCUUAAUCUCUCUUAAUCUCUCUUAAGAGAAGAGAAUCACAUAGACGGACAAGACAGACGGUGAAGUGAAGAGGAUAAAUGGGCUAAAUCUCACACGCAACGCAAGGACACUCAAUAAUCCACUGUCGUUUCGUUCCCUCUAGUGUACAAGCAUUAACCAGGUCCAGGGACCAACAAGGUUUGCUUGCUUAAUCGGAUUCGGAAACGCCCCGUUUGGACUUUUGAUCAUACUCUUUAUGUGCGUGCUAGCUCUGGAUGGUGGGUGAAUCAUGGAAGACACCGAGAGUUGCUGUAGCAGGCCCGUCGAUUUCUCCCCCACUCUCACCCGAAAGCAGAAGCUCAAAGUCAAUAUCUACAAUGAAGUUCUCCGUCGACUUAAGAGCUCAGAUGUCGCAGACGCCAAACUUGCUGGUUUCGAAGAUGAACUCUGGGCUCAUUUUAAUCGCCUCCCCACUAGGUAUGCGUUGGAUGUGAAUGUGGAGAGGGCACAAGAUGUUCUCAUGCAUAAAAGGUUACUCCUUAUGGCACAUGACCCUGCCACUAGACCUGCAGUUGAGGUCCGUCUUGUGCAGGUUCAUUCUGCUUCUGGUUCAAACUUAUCGAGGAAAGCGGAUGCUCAAUGUUCUGCUUAUGCUAGCAAACAGAGCCAUCCACCACCAGCUUUUGGUUUGUCACCAGACCUUGAACUUGCUCUUGAAGCCGAGCAGUUACAUGUUCACCAUGGGAAUGACACUGUGAGCACCAGUCAACUUUAUACACGGCCAAUGCAUGAAAUUACUAUUUCAACUAAUGACAAGCCCAAACUCCUCAGUGAGUUGACAUCCUUAUUAUCUGAUAUUGGACUGAACAUUCGAGAAGCACAUGCUUUUUCCACAACAGAUGGCUACUCUUUGGAUGUCUUUGUUGUUGAUGGUUGGGCAUGUGAGAAAACUGAGCGGCUUAGACAUGCACUGGCCAAAGAAAUAUCCUGGAGUGAGAAGAAUCCUUGCUUGGAUUAUAAUGUUAUUUCCCCUGUUCCAGAGCAAGAGACUGGAAUGAUGUUUACUAAUGGUCAUGUAAGCUCACUCAAUGAGGAAAAAGAUAUAUGGGAAAUUGAUGCAACCCUGUUGAGAUAUGAAAAGAAAAUUGCAUCUGGAUCGUAUGGUGAUCUGUUUCAAGGUAGUUUCUGUGGUCAAGCUGUGGCUAUUAAAGUUCUUAGUAUGGAGCACCUGAAUGAAACUAUGAGGGAGUUUACUCAAGAAGUCUAUAUCAUGAGAAAAGUUCGGCACAAAAAUGUUGUUCAAUUAAUUGGAGCAUGCACUAAACCUCCUAAGCUUUGCAUCGUUACUGAGUUUCUGUCUGGUGGAAGUAUGUAUGACUUUGUGCAUAAGCAAACGGGUGCUUUAUCACUUCAGUUCUUGCUCAGAGUCGCAAUUGAUGUUUCCAGGGGAAUGAACUACUUGCACCAAAAUAAUAUAAUCCAUAGGGACUUGAAAGCUGCUAAUCUUUUGAUGGAUGACAAUGGAGUUGUGAAAGUUGCUGAUUUUGGCAUCGCUAGAGUACAGGCACAAUCGGGCGUUAUGACUGCAGAAACUGGCACUUAUCGUUGGAUGGCUCCAGAGGUUAUAGAGCAUAAACCAUAUGAUCACAAAGCUGAUGUGUUUAGCUUUGGGGUUGUUCUCUGGGAGCUGCUUACGGGAAAGCUUCCCUAUGAGAACUCAACUCCAUUACAAGCAGCAGUUGGCGUAGUCCAGAAGGGUCUGAGGCCUACAAUUCCAAGGCACACUAAUCCAAUGUUGAUGGAAUUGAUGGAGAGAUGCUGGCAGCAAGACCCAUCAUUGAGACCUGAAUUCUCAGAAAUUGUAAAGAUGUUGCAGCACAUAGCCAGGAGGGUUGCAAAUGGAAGCGAGGAUAGACGAAAGGGAAAAUCGGCUAAAGUAGUUCCCACGUUCAUGCAAGACAGUGAAUGAGGUUUCUGUUUAUGAAUUAAUGCGUGUGUAAUACAGUGUCAAAUGAUCAUUGAUCAAACUCUUCACAAGUCAUUUCUUUCCCUCCCUCAACUUUAUAUUCUCCGUUGGGUUAAUCUAAGUAAUGACUGGAGACUCUUGUGCUGAUUCAUUGCAUUUUGUUUA